CAGAGAAGCCUGGUGGGCUACACAUAGAGUCCCAAAGAGUCAGACACAACUGAAGCUACUUAGAAUGCACUUAGCACAUCCAGCUUUUUAAAGUGUAACUAUCACAUUUAAAAUGUUAUGUCUGUACUGCAUAAAAAUAUAAUUUUGGACACUCAGGUUUUAAAUCCUGCCUAAUAUUAAUACAUGUCCUUGGGAGAAAUGCAUCUUUCUGGAUUUUAACUUUGUUUCAUCUUUUAGAUCAAUGAUUAAAACAUGUUUUGCUUAUACUGCCUUGCAGGGAGACCAAAUAUGGCACUUUGCCACAUCUGUGUUCCUGGUAAAGUUAUAUGGGUACCAUCUUCUACUAAUAGCAGUGUUUGGCUUAGUGGUGGCUGGAUCUGUAUUAAUAUUUGGGGUUUUAAUGAUUGGAUUGACAGGAAACCAAGGAUAAAAGGGUAGUACAUAAAUAAUUAUAUGGUAAUUUAUGGCCUCACUUGAGUUUUUUGUUUAGCGAAGUAAAAUACAGAUAUGAACUUAAUAGCAAUAGGGCAUAACUUAUAAAAGCUAGAAAAAGAGUUAUCCAGCCUCCUGUCAUUCCCUGGUACUAUGUUUAGAAUAUUUUAUUACAGUUUUUAGAUUUUUAUCCACCACAGAUUUUUAAUAUUAAAUUCCUGAAAAUAUAUUUUCUUUUUAAUACUCUGGUAUUACCCGUGUAUAAUAGUCAUGUUAUUUUUAUCAAAGACAAUUUCUAUGUGUAAAAGAUAUCUUUUGUACCAAGUAAACUAUCUGAACUGGGAACUAAUAUCUGGAGACUUAUUUGUUCAAAAUGCCAAUCUAUAUUUAGCUUUUGACUCUAAUAUAUCUUUAACCUUCUUUUACCAAAGAAGAAUAUAGGAUUUCCUAAAUUUUUCCAAUUCUUGUGAUUACCAGUCAGCCUGAUUGUUUUCAUUCCACCUAGAAGGCUUCACAAAGCAGUCUCUGAAGCCAUUGCAUUGAACAGGUUAACUUAUCUAAAAUUUGGACUGUUGGUCCUUAGGCCAUAUUGAUCAUUUGAGUCAUGAAUUAAAUCCAGAAGAGUGUGAUAUAUCAAUAAAUUUUAAGUAAAUCAGAAAAAUUUAAGCUUUGAAUUAUUGAACAUCCUGCUUUUCAUGUCAUCUUUCUCUCAAAGCAUGUUUUCAUUUAUUUGAAAAGCCCAGCUUUUUUCUUUUCUUUCCUUCUUUCGGUUGUAAAGGCCUUGCCUUUAGUGAGCUCACAAGCCCGCUCCUUGCCUCCUCCUCAGUCUGUGAUGGCUGAUGGAAAUAAGAACCCUGGUUGGCAGGGGGAUCUGGUCAAAUGCAGUUAUUCUGCAUUAAACAAUGAUAUAUUCGUAACCUGUCUCUUAAAACCAAGAGGAAAUAUCGUUUCUCUCUGCAGUUGCUCACACCUUGCUCUUCACUCAGAAUGCCUCUGUCCCCACCUGCUAUGUCAUACAGAUGCCGGUAUUCUCCUACAGAAGGGAGAUGGAGCGAGUGUGGCAUGGCUGGUUCACAAGCGUGUCACCGUCUCUCCUGGUGCCGUGAGGGUGAAAGUCACAGAUGAGGCCGCAUGCCCUUUGGUGAAAUGGACUCUUGGGAAACCACUGAUGGAUUCAUUGACAAGUCCAAAACUUUGGGAAAGCCACGGAACCAUAAGCCUAACCUUGCAGGCCAACAGGCCACAGUCUCAGAGUUUUCUGUCUGCCUUCAGAACAUGUGGAGGCUGGUGCGCAUGUGCCAUGAGGGUGGGAAGUCUACUGCAGGCAGACUGUCUUCUUGGCCUGGCCUGGGCCUGGCUUUCCUCUGCAUAAGGGUGCUGGGCUUCAACUGCAUCGCCACCAGCUCCACCUGUGUCCAAGGGAUUGGAGGUUCUCUCCUUAGCACCCUCACAGCCCUUUCUGCUGAGUCUGGCCUGACGGGCACAGUUCUCUUCCCCAGCCUCAGGGGACACUAUGGCUUGGUCACCAUGGGAAUCAUAUCCAGCUGGUUCCACAUGGGUUGUCUGACACUCUGUGUAUUUUCUGUGUUUGCUCCUGGAAGUCCUUUUGAUCUGGCUGUUUUCUUACUUCCAUUAAGCAAAAACUUUUCUUCAAACCAUGAGUUGCUAAAAGACCAGGUCUGUAUUUAUUCCUUUGAAAGAAACAUGAACCAACCUAUCCUUCCAGACCAUUCCUCCAGUCACUGGACCAAUAGCACAGUUCUAUUUGAACGAGGGCAGGACCCUGAGCAUCAUGUCUUACAUCUCCAUUACCUUGCUCUUCUCAGUGUGAUCCUGGCAAGAAUCAGUGAGUAGUGGGUCAUGUGUGGCAUAGGAU